AAACCCUAGAACGACCCUUACCUUCUCUCUCACAUUGCAAAAAUGGAGGAACCUGCAAUUGAGGAAGGAGACAACCACCGAGAUGUUGAGGUGGCUCCAGCCUUAAUCUCAGUUCAUCCGGACCAUAAAUUCAUCGUAGUCUCCAUCGGGUCGGACCUCCGAGUUUUCGAUCUCCAAGGGGGUUCUUCGGUGACGCUGGUGGAUGAUUCUAGUGGACCUCUUCAUAAGGAUUCUAUUAGAGCUAUUCGAUUUGGUGCAGAAGGGAAGCUCUUUGUAUCGGCUGGUGAUGACAAACUAGUCAAGAUUUGGAAUGCAAAUUCUUGGCACUGCAUUAGUACUGUGUGCUCUGAGAAGAGAGUGAGUGCAGUUGCUAUAAGUAAGGAUGGCCUGUUUGUAUGUUUUGCUGACAAAUUUGGUGUUGUUUGGGCCCUGAAUCUGGAUGGCUUUGAUGAAAAUCAAGUUUUGGUUGAUAAGAAAGCAGCACCAGUUCUUGCUCAUUACUGUAGCAUCAUUACUAGCCUGGAAUUCUCACUGGAUGGGCGAUUCAUUAUUAGUGCUGAUCGGGAUUUUAAAAUUCGUGUUUCUGUGUUCCCCAAGAAGCCCUUAGAUGGAGCUCAUGAGAUCCAGAGUUUUUGUCUUGGUCACACAGAGUUUGUAUCCUGUCUUGCCUUUGUAUGUGCUCCUGAUUACCCAGAGGGAUUUCUUGUUUCUGGGAGUGGUGAUUCAACAGUUCGUUUGUGGGAUAUUACCUCUGGAUCUCUCCUUGAUACAUGUGAAGUUGGAUCACAGGCAGGGUUUUUAGAGUCUAAUGGAAGGGAAGAGGAGCACUAUUCUGCAGUGAUCGAUCUAUGCACUACUCCUGAUGGUACGCUGGUUGCUGCGGCCAUUCAAAGCUUGCAAGGAAUAAUGCUGUUGAACUGCAACGUUUCUGCUAAAAGUCUUUCCAUUGCCAAGGUGGUUUCCAUCACAGGAGGGAGUUUUAUUCCUACAAGCCUAGGCACUGCAUCUUGUGCAGAAUUCUUGUGGAUGGUUACAGGUGUCUCUACUUUAAAUGGGUUAGAUUCCCACUCUCUCGCUCGUGUUAGGGUAAUCUCUGGUUUUAAAAUAAGCGGUGCAGACUCUGUUGAACAUGAGCCAACCAUGUUGGAAGAUGAUGAGAUACCUGGGGGAGAGAAACUACUUGAGAAGUUGCAGGGAAGUGUAUCCAUUGAGAAUAAGGUCUUCUCAGCAGCUGCUGAAGCUGUAAAAAUGGCAAUGUGCAAUUUGUUAAUUAAAAAACAGUACUCUGCAGAUAAACGAGAAUUCAGAAAGAGGACGAGAAAUGACAAAAAGAUCAAACAAUAGUACAAAUUGAACAGGCAGCAGCCACUUUUAUCGAGUCAUUCGUGGAGGUAACUGAAUCUUCAUCUAGUUCCCUCCAUAUGUUUUUGUACCCUUGGUCUUUUAUCAUGAAUGGAAAUGAAUGUUUGUGGAUUUUAAUUUUACCAAGUGAAUGUACUAUUCAAUCAAUAAUAUCUAAAGCUCUUCCUGUUUCAAAAA